AUGGCCAACCAGAUGGCUGUAGGAAUCCACCAAGCAAGAUUCCAGCACAACAGCAUUCACCUCACCUAUGGUUUCCAGCAAGUGAUGCAACUGAAAAACAAUGAUAUAGAUGGAAAUCAAACAGAGCCCAUAAUGUUUAUCCUCUUGAACUUUAAUAAUGAAGAUUUGUGGGUUUUAUUUUCCAUACUGUUUCUGCCUGUUUACCUUGUGACCAUAGCUGGGAACAUCCUCAUUGUUAUUCUAGUGAUUCUUGAUCAGCGUCUUCACACACCCAUGUAUUUCUUCCUGGGAAACCUGUCCUGCCUGGAGACCUGUUACAGCUCAACCAUCAUGCCAAGGAUGCUGGUCAGUUUUCUGACUGGAGACAGAACUAUUUCUAUUAAAGGGUGCUUUACACAGCUGUAUUUCUUUGGGUCUCUUGCAGCUGCAGAAUGUUACUUACUAGCAGUGAUGUCUUAUGAUCGCUAUUUAGCAAUAUGCAGACCACUGCAUUAUGUGACGCUCAUGGAUGGCAGAAUUUGCAUCAUGCUCAUUGCUGGGUCUUGGAUCAGUGGCUUUUUGGGUAUGAACAUUGUACUAUAUUUCGUAUCUCAGCUGAGAUUCUGUGGGCCCAACAAAAUCAAUCAUUUUUUCUGUGAUUUAACCCCCAUGGUAAGACUUUCCUGCAAUGACACUGAUUUGGUUGAAAAGACUGCCUUCAUUGUCUCCUUUGUAGCCAUACUACCCCCUCUUGCAAUAACUGUGUCAUCUUAUGUUUGCAUUAUCAAAAAAAUUAUAAGAAUCCCAUCUACCACUGGUAAACAAAAGGCAUUCUCUACAUGCUCCUCUCACCUGACUGUGGUUGCUUGCUUCUAUGGUUCACUGACGAUAGUCUAUGUCUUACCAAAUAUGAGUUCACUGAGUGAUUUGAAAAAACUUUUUUCUCUGUUCUACACUCUGCUCACCCCACUGGUCAACCCCAUUAUAUACAGUUUGAGGAAUAAGGAGGUAAAGGAUGCAGCAAAGAAAACUUUCAAGCUGCUUCACAGAACUGAUUAG